AUGGAUCCACAGAGCAACACCGGACGAAGCACAGAUGUUGAGUUUGAAGAUGCUCGAUCGAUCGGUGAUCAGGUUCAAUUAUCUGCGUAUCAGAGAGUUACGAUUGACGAUGUUUUAAAUCCGGAACCUGCAAUACCAAAUCCAAAUUCAAAUACAAGUGGUGUAAAUGAGUGUUUGAAUGAUGAAAGGCUUUAUAUUCCGGAGGGUGAAUCAUCAGCUACACCUGUGGUUGGAAUUGGUUUUGAGAAUGUUGGCGCCAUGGUUGAUGAUUGCAAAAACUUUAAGAAUCGAAUUAACAGCUAUAUAGGAGAAUAUGACGCUGACAAGGUUAUCAAUAGGUUGACCGACAAAAAACAGUAUUUAGUUGAUUUUUCGUUUGAAUAUUCUGUCGAUGAGGAGAAACGGUUAACUGGUUUGUUCUGGGCCGAUGGGUUAUGCAAGCGUAACUUUAUGGAGUUCGGGGAUGUGAUAUCGUUCGAUGCAACUUUCAAGACAAAGAAGUACAAGAUGGUGUUUGUUCCGUUCACUGGGAUUGACAACCACUGUCGAAAUAUAGCCCUUGGAGCUGGGUUGUUGGCAUCGGAGAGCAUUGACUCUUAUAAAUGGCUUCUAAAUUCAUUCGUAAAGUCAUUUGGACGGCAGCCAAAGGUUGUAGUGACAGACCAAGAACCUGCGAUGAAACAAGCUAUCGAGGAUGUUUUUACUACCAGCAGACAGAGAUUGUGCAUGUGGCACAUAAUGAAAAAAGUGGCAGAUAAGGCUGGACACGAGUUGUGCAAUAAUGAUGACUUUAAAAGGAAGAUGUACGAUAUUGUAUGGAUUGAUUCCAUUGAGCCAGAAGAAUUUGAGAGACAGUGGAAGUUGGUAAUGAUUGAGUACGGUCUCACACAAAAUAAAUGGAUUGAUGAUAUGUUUGUGAUGAGAUCCAUGUGGAUUCUGGCUUUUUACCGGCAUGAGCCCAUGUCUGGACUUAUGCGAACAACUUCGGGAUCAGAGAGCGAGAAUCAUUUUUUUGCCAGUGUGGCGAAUUCACAACUCACUCUUAUAGAGUAUAUGAAUCAUUUUGACGGUGCAAUGGAUGUCCAAAGGUUCAAUCACAGAAAGAAUGAUCAUAUUUCAAGAUAUACUGAGCCUGAUGAUUGGACCAAAACUACUUUGGAAAAAGAUGCUCCUAAGAUAUACACCAGGUCUAUAUUCUUUGAUCAGCAAACAGAGAUAUAUGGAACUAUUACCGAAUGUUUACCGAUGGACACCAAAAUCGAGGGUCCACAGAUAAGGAUAUCGUUGAAAGACUUUAAAGCUCACAGAGAUGGGUUAUUAGAGGUGUGUUUCAAGAAUCUUGAAAAUGAUAGAUGGACAAAGGAUGUGGUUCCGAAUGAAUUAAACGCCACGUUCGAUGUAAAGGUGGAUGCUAAGGAUGAGCAAUACAAGGAAAAACAGAGAUUAAGAUAUCAUCCUACGGCUGAGAAUAUCGCGUACGUAAUGUAG